AUGGAGGCUGCACUAACUCACUUACGGGAGCUGUUUCCGAAGGUGGACGUCAGGCUUCUGAAGGCGGCGAUUCGCGAGCACGGCACGACGCCGGAAGGCAUGGACGAGGCCAUUCAGUACCUCAUGGACGAAGCGGUUUCGGAAUCCUCGUCCUCCGACGGAGAAAUUUCGGACAAGGAGGACGAGGUUGAGGAGACAACUUUUGAAGCGACUUUUGAGGCGCCUAAAGAAUCCGCGUCUUCCGCUGGAGAUGUUUCUGACAAGGAGGACGAGGUCGAGGACCCGAGUCUGGUCGACAAAGAUGUGGCUCCUGCCGGAUUCGCACCAUCAGGAAGUCACUUAGAUGCGGAUGGACCUGAAUCGUCGUCCGCCAAUAACGAGACCGCCAAUAACGAGGAUGCAUUGAACGAAUCCGUUAACAGCGAGGAGUCGUUCUUCGAAGCCGAGCUGGUCCUCCCCGCGACAAGCACUGCUCUGCACGAUCCUGCGGCCUCCAGCGACGAAAGUAUCCUGCCAGGCUUAUCGGCAGCUCCGGUUACGGCUCCGCUAGCUUCCUCCAACUCGUUAAAUGUGAAUAAUUCUAAGGAAGAUGAAAAGAAGCCCGGCGAGAAGGACCUUCCCGCGAUCGGCGCUGUCGAGGGUGCCGAGGCUGACGUCAGCGAGGCUGGAGUCGUUGCGAUUAAGCCGGUGGCGAAGUUGUUUUCGGAUGCUGUUGAUGCGGCUGAUGUUGCUGGCGCUUGUGGUGCUACUGAUGGGACUGAAGAGGAAGAGGAGAAAGCGGAGGUGGAGAAAGCGGUCGUUGUGAAUGAAUCCGAGGGUGAACCCGAGAGUGAACUCCAACAGGCGGACGGAGAGAGCAAUGGCGGUGCUGGGGUGGGUCGAGAAGAGAUUCAGGUCGAGGCCGAGCAGGCCGAGACGCGCGUGUCCGAACCUGUAGAGGAGAAAAGAGAGGAGAUGGACGAGGCUGUAGCGGUGUUGGAUGGGAGCAAAGGCGAGGAGGAGGAGCAGGAGGAGGAGGUCAGGCAGGAGGAAGUCACAAAUGAAGGAGAGGAAGAAAAGGAAGAGAAGCCAGAGAAGGAAAAGGAUGAGCGCGAAGCGGAGCAAAAGGAGAAAGACGAGGAGCAAAAGGAACAGGAAGAGGAGGAAGAGUGCGAGCAUGUGGAGGUGCCAGAGAGCCUAGUGAACAGCUGGAGCCGUUCCUUCGUGGAGGUCGAAGUCUCCACAAUUGCCCACCACGUGGCCACCACCAGAGACGCCAAAUCCCGCCUCGACGCCCAGCUCGCAUCCGUUCAGACCCUCCUCUCGGAGGUGGAGCGCGCCGAGCAGCAGGCAGCCGCAGCUGAAACCGCUCUGUCCCACGCUGGCGAGACUGACGUUGCCGAAGCUGAGAACUUGCUUCAGCACGUGGUUCGGUCGCAGCAGGUGCUGGAGAUCCGCGCGGCGCAGGUGUUUGGGCACAGGGCGCAGCUGCAGGAGGAUUCCCAGGGGCUUAAAGCUCGGGUCGAGGCGAUUCAAGGCCAGUUCGCGGAGGUGGAGAGGCAGGUGGAGGAGUUAAGAGCGGUGCUGGAGGGUAGGCUGGAGCGAGCUAGGGAGAGGAUAGGCGAGUUGGAGAAGAGGAGGAGGGAGAGGGAGGAGGCAGGGAGGAGGAAACUGGAGGGGGCGGAAAGGGAGAUGGGGCGGGUGCUGGGGGAGGUGCCGGGGCUGGAGAGGCAGGAACGGGCGUGUGCUGAGCUGGCAGAUGCGCUGGUGGCACGUCACCACGAGGCUGACGUGUUGGAGGGACAGCUGGCGGUGCUUCGAGAGGACCUGGCUGCGCUGGUGAGGGGCGUGGGGCGGCUGCCUGGGCUGCCUGGACAAGCAGCGGAGGAUCUGGGAUAUUCGUUUCUUACUGAAGGAGGAGAGGAAGACGGUGCAGGCCAGAGGCAGGAAUCUUAUAAUUCUCUGCACGAGGAUCUCUCACAAGCAUCAUCAGCAGCAGCAGCAUCUGCACCUGAUGCCAUUAUGCCUGCCGUACAGGUACAGGCUGCUCCCGUCACAGGUCUCACAGUUGAAGACCAGAGUGGCCUUGUUGCAGGAGUAUUGGGGUUGACCAACGCCUCUAGCCCUGCUUCCGUGGGUGACUUGAAAGCAGCUGCUGCUGCAACAUCUAAUGCUGGUGCUCCUGACGCUGGCGCUGGCGCUGCUGGUGCUGCCGCUCACUUCUCGGAGCUGUGCAGUGCCCAAAACCUCGGCGCCUCCACUGCUACCGCCGCUGGGGUCAACGCCCCUCCUGGUGACUCUUCCUUCAGCGAUGCCAUCCCUGCUGCUCCGGCUGCUGCUGUUGAGACCAGCUCCACCCUCCCCACGCCCUCUCCCUUUGAAGACGAGGAGCAGUUUGAGGCCAAGAUGCGAUUUGCUGCGGCUGGUAAUGGGGUUGGUGAUGGGGCUGGUGGUGGGGUUGGAGGGGUGUUGGAAGGGGCGGAUGAUGAGGCACGGUGGUCGGGGCACAGUUCAUUCAGUGUGCAUGCUGGCAGCACUCCCCGGGCGAGGGAGGGCGGGGUUGUGAGAGGUGAGAGUGGCGAGAUCAGUGAGGUGAUGGAACGGUAUUUUGGCAGCAGUGAGUAG